AUGGGAGAAGAUUUGUCACCAGUCACACCUUUAGUGACAACUACAUCUACAACAUCGAACAAACAAUUACUCGAUCUUAGAGGGCAACCAUCCACGGCUAGCAAUACUCCCACUCCACCGGCAUCUCUGUCAUUUCAAAUACCCUCUUCAUUAGUUAAAGAUUUGGCAAGUAUUGAUGGUAAAGUGAUAACACAUGGUUAUGUUCAUGGUCACAUCCAUAAACACAAAGAUCAUACUCACAUUCAUGGGCAUAUACAUAAUCAUGAUCAUCUUGACUAUAAUAAAUUAAACAACAUGAGAAAUCCACAAGAAAUCCAAUCAACAGAUUUACAACAAAACUUUGAUUGUCAUGAAUUUGAGAAUUUAGAUUUUUGUAAAGAUGUAUUUUGUGAUGAACUAGACGAUUGUUUCUUCUUAAAUUGUGAUGAUAGCAAAUACUCCAAUAGUUGUGAUUUAAAUUGUUGUAAUUCAUCUAAUAGUGUUGAUGAAAUUUGCUGUACUGACGCUAGUUGUUUUGGUGAAACAAAAGAUCAAUCACAAUCUCCUACAGAUUGUUGCAAUAAUCCUGAAUGUAAUUCAUAUUCGGUUUGUCAUGCUAUUGAACGACUGAAUUCCAGUGUUUGUACAGAUCCUGGUUGUGGUGAAAUAGAUGCUUGCUGUGUACCCACGGAAAAACAGCACAGUCAUUCACAACAUAUUGAUAACAACUUGUGCGAAUUACAACUAUCAAAGAAACCUAUAUUUGAAGAUUUGAUUAGUAAUAUCCAUUCAUCUUAUAAAUAUCAAAAUCGUAAUGACAAUCCAUCACAACAACCACAACCACCGAAGAAAAAACCACGUACACAUAAUGAUUUUCAAAUACAUUUUCCUCAUGAAUGUCAUCCUGAAGAUAAAUCAAAACCAGUAGAUACUCAUCAAGUUCAUCAAUCAUGCUUUCAUACAACCAUUCCUGAUUCAGGAAAUGUCACUCCAACAGAGUUUGAUCAGAAAUUGAUGUCUGAUUUUGAUUUUGUCAUCCAGUUUAAUAAUUUUAAUAAGUUUUUAAACGAAAUGUCAACUCAACAACUUGAUGCUACGACAAAUCUGAUGGACAAUUCCAACAAUAUGGACAGUUCUGCUAUUCCUACAAGCACAUCCAAUAUGGGUACCCCGACUACCAGUAACAUAUUAGAGCAACCACAACAAAUUAAGACAGAGGAUUCAUCGACAACAACGGCAGAAAAUUCAUUACUGUAUUCAUGUCAAUGGGAAAAAUGUUUCAAAAGAGUUAAUGAUGAUACUUUUUUAACUCAUGUUGUCCACGAUCACUUGGAUCACGAGAAAGAUGCAGGGAAAUCCACUGAUAAUUCUACAUUCCAGUGUGAAUGGAUUAAUUGUAAUUUUAUGAAUAAUGAUUAUAAUUCUUUACUUGAUCAUUUAAAAUCUCACCAACCUUCAAAAUAUAUCCUUCCUACCCAAGCUUCUUCCGCAAAUGCAUUAACUCCGUUAUCGUGUUCAAUUUCUAAUGCUGCAUCUCCAGCAGUAUUGCAACAACCAGCAUCCACACAGCCAACAAUCAAUGAACUCAAUAUAACUUCAAUGAAAAUCAUGCCAAAAACUAGAAAGAAACAAACUGAACAAGACCCUGAGUUUAGAUGCCAUUGGCAAGUAGGAACAGAUGAUGAGGGUAAUCCAAUAUCUUGUGAUUUAAAACACGAAAAUGAAGGAGAUUUACAAAAUCAUAUACUCGAACAUCAUAUUGGAUCAGGGAAAUCAAAAUACAGUUGUGGAUGGAUUGGUUGUGAGCGUCAUAAUGGGAAAAUUUUCACACAACGUCAAAAACUUAUUCGUCAUAUUCAUAUUCAUACAAAUUAUAAACCUUGUAAAUGUGAUAUUUGUGGAGCUUGUUUUGCUGUGAAAUCAAUGUUGGAACAGCAUUUAAGAAUUCAUUCUGGAGAGAAGCCAUUCCAAUGUUCUAUAUGUGGGAAGAAGUUUGCCACAAGUUCAUCAUUAUCAAUACAUAACAGGGUUCACACUGGAGAAAGACCUUUAGUUUGUACUUGGCCUGGUUGCAAUAAAAGGUUUAGUGAAAGUUCUAAUUUAACUAAACAUAUGAAAAUUCACACAAAAACCUAUGAUUGUGAGAUUUGUGGUGAAAGCUUUGAUAAGAAGGCUGCUUUUACAAGACAUGUGUCAGGACACUCAAAAGAAGAAAAGAACAUACUAAAACAAGAAAAGACUUUAGUUUAA